GAUUGUAGAAUGUAGAUAGAAAAAUCCCCAUUCCUUCUCCCAAUCUUAACCCCAUUUCUCAAUCCGCCAUUGUCAUCUUCCUCAAACCUCCAAAACCUCCAUCUCCACGCAGCCAUGGCGAACGUAAUCAUGGCCUCUUCCAAGCCCCUCUCCCCUCCUCUUUCCAUCUCCAACAAAACCCCCAAAUUCUCCAUCCCCAAAACCCUAGCCCUAAUCCCAUCAUUCCUCAAAAAGCCCCAAUCGAUCUCUCUCUCCUCCUCUACUCUCAAAUCCCUCUCCCUCUUCGCCGCCACAUCCCUCUCCUUCGCUCCCCCUUCCCUCGCCGAAGAGAUCGAGAAGGCCGCCCUCUUCGACUUCAACCUCACUCUCCCAAUCAUGAUGGCUCAAUUCCUCCUUCUCAUGGUGGCUCUCGACAAAAUCUACUUCUCCCCACUGGGUAAAUUCAUGGAUGAAAGAGACUCCGCCAUUAAAGAGAAGCUCAACAGCGUCAAAGACACCUCCGAGGAGGUCAAGCAGCUUGACGAGCAAGCUGCCGCUGUCAUGAGGGCUGCUAGGGCGGAGAUUUCGGCGGCGCUUACGAAGAUGAAGAAGGAAACUCAGGCGGAGGUGGAGGAGAAACUGGCGGAAGGGAGGAAGAAAAUUGAUGCGGAGUUGCAGGAGGCAUUGGCGAACUUGGAGAAUCAGAAAGUGGAAACCAUUAAAUCCCUCGAUGCUCAAAUUGCAGCUCUUAGUGACGAGAUCGUCAAGAAGGUUCUUCCCGUUUAAAUCAAUUUCUGUUGUGUCCUGUUCUUAGGGUUCUAAUUGCCAUACCUACCACCGAUCUGAUUGUCAUAUGGGUUUCGUUCUGUUUUGAUUUCUACUUAUAUAUAUUUUUUGCCUUGUAAUCAUAAUGAACGAACAAUUCAAUGUAUAAACAAUUAAACAUCGUUUUUUUUAUUUUUAUUUUUCCA